CAACCGGCCAAGGCCCUUCUAAUGCACCCAACGUCCUCAAUUUGACGGUCUAGAGCCGAGUUGGAUUCAUCAAUUAUCACAGCAAUCGCCAGCUUGUUCCCUUCAAGUAGUAGUCAGUACUUAUUAGGCUGUGUCUACCCGGGAUUUAAGUUUCAACGUCAAGCAAGUGACAUUAUCAAGUCAUUAUCUCUGCGAUCGAAGCCCGAAUUUCGAAGCCGGGACCUUUGGGCAUUUGCCAUGGCCGACGGGGACGAACCUCGAUCCCCCGCAAUUCCCGCUCAAGCGACCCCUGAGCCGCCACCCGACCCCCAUGAUGCAGCCACCGGCGCAGACGAGCCAGCACUCGAGCCAGAUGAAUCUGCGGAAGAAGAGGUGACCGACGACGGAGACUCGGCUAUCGGCAGCCUUCACUCUUCGACAACCUCUUUACGUGAUGAGCUGAUCUUGCAACUACGAGAGCAUGGCCGGCAGUACCAGGGUUACAUGGAAGCGAAAUACGUGCUGCCAAUGGAUGAGCAAGAGCUAGAGCGCUUAGACUUUCAAUGCCAUCUCGUCUGGCUUACCCUCGACAAGCAACACACAUGGGCACCUAUCAAGGACAUAAAGAAAGCUCUUGAUGUUGGCUGUGGCACUGGGAUAUGGGCUAUCGAAUUUGCGGAUGAACAUCCUGAAACCGAAGUGCUAGGUGUCGAUUUGGCUCCGGUUCAGCCUGUGUGCAUCCCCCCGAACCUGCUCUUCGAGGUAGACGACCUCGAGAAGCCGUGGAACUUCACCCACAAGUUCGACUACAUCCACAGUCAGCUCAUGAUAGGCGCAUUCCGCGACUGGCCUGGAUUCUUCCGUCAAAGCUGCGAAUACCUCGAACCAAACGGCUACCUCGAAAUCCACGACAUUGACUUCGUCCUCCGCUGCGACGACAACUCCAUCCCCCCUGACUCACCCUUGCAACAAUGGAACGACCUGAUGCACCGCGCAGCCAACACGGCCGGGUUCCCGCUCGACACCAUCUCCAAGGUUCCCGACAUGAUGCGCGAGGCCGGGUUUGUCGACGUAGUCGCCAAACAGGUCCCCUGGCCAACCAACCCGUGGCCGCGCCAUCCAAAACACAAGGAGCUGGGCCAGUGGUCGUACGAGAACUUUUCGUGGGGGUGCGAGAGCAUGAGCCUGGCGCUUUUUACAAGAGCGCUGGGGUGGAGUGCGGAUGAGGUGAGGGUGUUUAUGGCCUUGGUAAGGCAGGACCUGAGGAAUCGACGGAUGCAUGGGUAUUGGAACUUUUGGGUUGUUUAUGGCAGGAAGCCUGAAGGAGGGGGGUAGUGGUGGUGGUGGUGGCUGGGGGUAGCAACUGAACGCGGCGGUUGCGGACUGGAGAGGGAGUGG